CUACAAUGCAUAAGCUACUAUUCCUUGUUUUUGGUAUCUUCUCCCUUCGCUGUUUUAUUUAAUUGUUCUCGUUAAUUUCUGCUCCGGGGCGCCUCCUGCUCAACAGGGCAACGCUCUUAGGUCUUAUCGUCUGGAUAAAAAUACACAAACACGCCUUGCUUAGUCUUGUCUGUUAUUUUUCGCACAUCCUAUGGACUCUGGGGUUCACCUCGGAGUAAAUGUUUAAUCGUGGGGAACCUGCAACGACAAAUACGCAAUUGGCAUUCUUGAUGUUCUGUGAAGUGUCUCUCUCAGGUCAGAGAUACAAGACGCACUUGAACAAUCCGAGCCAACCGCCUGGAUAUCUGCAGUUGCAUGUAUAUUCAAUCAAACCUUCGUGCUCGCCGAAUUUAGCCCGACACCACUCUACAAUGCAAGCCUCAUUGCCGGAAAUGAACUUUCACCUGACACUGAGAUGCGGCAAGCCCCGGAUGUCCCGUACGUGAGGAAACCUGGCCUGGCACGUACUAGUCUCUAGGAAAAGAGUAAAUGAAGUCUUUCAGAUGUCGCGAACAUUCACAGAAAUGAACAGACGAAGCGAGGAAUCAGAUGGCGAUAUGGCUACUGAUCUAGCCUCGCCGGUGCGGCGGCUCUCUCUUUCCCCGAAGACGAGGCCCCAGCCUGUUUCUGGUUCUGCUGGGGAUACUAAAUCACCUUAUUACGAUAAAGUAACCAGUGUUCCCCCUGAAUCAGCUUUGAUGAUUCUCUGCGCACAUGUGAAAAAAUUAGCCAAACUUACUGGCGAUAUCCCCUCAUCUACUACACCAAUGGGAGAAACCACCAUCUCAUACCAGACGGCGAAUGAUAACUGCGCCAUGGCAGACAACUUUUCGUUGAACGCUAACCCGAGACCUGGGACAAAAGAUCCUUCUACCGUCUCCCCAAUGAUAUUGAUCAAGAGCUUUUACUGCAAGCAGAUAUCCCCGAUAUCUCUGGAAGACUAUCUCCUCCGAGUCCAUCGUUACUGCCCGAUGUCAACGGCAGUAUAUCUCGCCACAAGUCAAUAUAUCAGACGCCUAGCGAUUGUGGAGAAAAUCAUAUAUGUUACACCACGCAACAUGCAUCGGCUCGUUCUAGGAGGGUUGCGGGUAGCAGCGAAGAUGAUGGAGGAUCUCUGCUACCGACAUGGACGGUUUGCUAGAGUUGGGGGAGUGACGGAGCGGGAGCUGGCGAAGCUCGAGAUUAAUUUCAGCUUCUUGAUGGAUUUCGAGUUGGGGGUUGAUGUCGAGAUGAUGUUUCGGGAAAUCGAGGCAUAUCGAGAGGGGUGACAGUAAAUAAGACCUGCGGUGCGGAAUAGAAAGUACCUAUAGCUACCUGCUUUCUUGAUUGUUAGAUUUUUCCCAGCUUGCAGGGAAAGAAAAAGGGGGUCUUUUUUCUUCCCUCUCUUCAUACCGACAUUUUUCAUUAAAUAUUGGAUGGAUUUGGUCCUAAAAAUCAUAGUUUUGGACAUAUAUGCAGAGUUGGCCUAGACCUUUCUCAUACCAGUUUUGUCAGGCUGACAGCAGUCAGUUUUGCUCAGAGCUAAUACGAGACACCAGCAUUCGCAGAUGAAAAAUGUUCAGCCUCAAUUUGCGCAGAUCAAGCCCAGCAUGACCCAGAUAGCUAGCUUGAGAAUGGCAUGCUUGAAAAGAUGUUUUGUUUGCAGGAAACAUCACAGUGUUGUUGAAGAGAUAAAUAAUAGAUUAUUAGGCUAGACACAGACUAUGAAGACAAGUAAAUAGAAUAACAGUAAUUCACAGUUUCAUGGAAUCCAUGAGGAAAUGUUCAUCAUCUCAGGAACUCAAGAGCCGCGAAGACGUUCCCCAGCUCUAUUUAACCGCUUUGGGGCUGCUGCCCAAUCCGAAUCCGC